AGGUAAUAUGCUAGAUGCCAUUCAGUCUCAAACCGAUGCUAGAGGCACUGUGAAUUCUGCAGUAGAGACUGGCAUAACUUCUGGUGUGGUUCAUGAACCUAAACCACCUAUGUUUGGAGUUGAAUUGACUACCAAGAACAACAAAGGUCUGUUUGCAGUUAAGAUUGAGGCACCUGUUGAUGCUGGUGCAGUCCCUCAUGAGGGAGCUAAUUGCAACUCUGGUCUGAAAUCUAUGUCGUUGUUCGGAGAAGAAAGCAUAGAGGCCUCCUUGACUAUGAAUUCUAUUAAGAAGAAUCUGAAGAUUGAAGUUUCCCUCGUUGAAGUUGAAGAAGUUCUGAACAAGAUGGUUGAUGAUUCUCACAUAAUUGUUAUAUCAGAUGAUGAGGAUGAUGUUGGUGCUUGGUUCAUAUCUUAGCUUAUUAUCUACAUGGAAGAUGAAGGACGUUAGUUGUCCUCUCUUGCUAUAAAAGAUGAAGAUUGUCUUCUAAGACAACUGCC